UCGUCUCUUUCCUUCUUCAACCUCUGCAUCUCUGUUAUAUAUUACCAUCGACAGUGUAUCCUUCAUCGUUACCCAAAACCCACAAGCAAAGCUUCCUCCUUUUUCAUCCCUACACUCACGAUCAUCUCGCCAUGGCCACUCUCAACAAAGCUUCGUCUUUGCCUAGAAUCCACGACAACGACAUCUCUCAAGAUGUUAUCUCCGAUCAGAAACUUCGCGGGUCCGGUGCGAUUCAUGUUAUCACGGGUCCGAUGUUUUCUGGGAAGUCGACCUCUCUCCUCCGCCGAAUCAAAUCAGAGAUCAGCCUCGGAAGAAGCGUUGCGAUGGUGAAAUCGAGCAAGGACACGAGAUAUGCUAAAGAUUCAGUGGUGACGCAUGACGGAAUUGGAUUCCCUUGCUGGGCUAUUCCAGAUCUUAUGUCGUUUCCAGACAUGUUCGGACAAGAUGCUUAUGACAAGCUUGAUGUGAUUGGUAUUGACGAGGCACAGUUCUUUGGAGAUGUUUAUGAGUUUUGCUGCAAAGCCGCUGAUGAUAAUGGCAAAACUGUGAUUGUUGCAGGCCUUGAUGGUGAUUACUUAAGGAGGAGAUUUGGUGCUCUUCUUGAUAUUGUACCAAUAGCUGAUUCUGUGACGAAGUUAACUGCAAGGUGUGAGGUUUGUGGGCAAAAAGCUUUCUUCACUCUCAGAAAGACUUGUGACACCAAAACUGAGCUGAUUGGUGGUGCUGAUGUCUAUAUGCCGGUUUGUCGCAAGCACUACGUUAACAAUCAAAUUGUUAUCAAAGCUUCAAAGAAAGUGUUGGAUUCUGACAAGGAAAGAGCUAAGCCCUGUGUGGAAACAGUUGAUGUUGACCCAUCUAUAACUGGCUAUUGAACCAGUAACAUAUAUGAUAGUGAAACUCUGUUUUACUGUGUGUUUUGCUUUUAACUUGUCUAUGUUUUUAUAAUACUCAAUGUGUGUCUUUGAAAACACUUGUGAUGUUUCUUGUAUAUGUAUGUAUACGUUUGAUGAUAUCUC